CAGAAAACUCUCCAGAUUAACAGCAGUUGCAUUUAUGGUGCGAAAAUGCGACUUUUCGACGCCAACGGCGUGACCGAUUCCGUGUGAACCACUUCGUGUUAAUUGCGAGCGUAAAAUGGGUCUGUUUGCGAGCAGGCAAAAUGCCACCGUCGAGGAGACGGACGCAUUGAGCCUGAACCAUCUCUACAAGUAUCCUCCCCGUUCGGGGAACUACUUCGGAACGCAUUUCAUCAUGGGUGGCGAACGGUUCGACACGCCGCAGCCGGAAGCGUACCUAUUCGGGGAGAAUGCAGAUCUGAACUUUCUGGGCUCCAAACCUACGCCAUUUCCCUAUCCACCGCCGCAGGCAACGGAACCUACGAAAACGCUGAAAAGCUUGGUAAACAUCCGCAAAGAAUCAGUCCGGUUCGUGAAGGUGACCGAAGGGAGCAACGGUGGCAAACCGGUUCUUGCCAACAGCACCGUCACCGCAACCAAUGUAACUGGCAGUGUCCUCGGCGAGCCACCGGGUAAAGCGGCCGUUGGUGUCAGCAAUGGGUACAACAUCGAGUUCGUGUUCGACGCCGAUUACGCCUGUCUCAUCACGAUCUACUACUUCUGCAUCGAGGAUAUUGGCCCGAACGGGCUGAAUUACUUGUCUCGCGAUUCGGCCCUCUCCUCCGAAACGUUUCACUUUCAGCGCGGGGUCAACCAACUGUUUUCGGCCCCGCAUCACGUCGUUUAUCCGGCACUGUACGCGGAGGACGAGUUGACGUACGGCGUCGACAAGGACACGUUGCCGGUCGUGAUUCAUUGUGUGGUGGGCGACGGAACGGUAUCCACGACGGGGGACGACGCGGGCACCAGCCGACAGUCGCACGCCACGAUCUGCGUGAUCGAUCAUCACUCCGACGGAACGUACGCAUUGCGUGCGCUGAAACAGAAAAUCUUUGUCGAUGGCCUGUGCUAUCUGCUGCAGGAAAUCUAUGGCAUCGAAAACAAGCUGACCAGCAAGUCGGUCACCGACGAAGAGACGGAGGACAACGGUAGCGAGUGUGUGAUCUGCAUGUGCGACACGCGUGACACGCUCAUCCUUCCAUGCCGCCACCUGUGUCUGUGCAACUCGUGCGCCGACUCACUGCGCUAUCAGGCCAACAACUGUCCGAUCUGCCGAGCUCCGUUCCGGGCGCUGCUGCAGAUCCGGGCGGUGCAGAAAGACUCAACGGGCAGCGGAUUAACCGCCGGUAGCGGUGGCACGCCGGCAGCGCAGAAUUCUACCGAUGGUGCUGAUAAUAUUCCGCCUGGAUACAAGACCAUAUCACUGAUCGAGGCACUAAACGGACCCGUGGUGUCAGCGAAAGCCACCGGCAGCGACAACAAUGGUGCCGCAACAGAAAAUGGAACCGAUGGCAAUCGGAACACCGAAAAUGGGUACGCCUUCCGGGGUAAGCUUUCCAAAUCGUCUACCGAACACAGCAGCAAUGGGGAGCUCGCCAACGGUAAUGUUGUCUCGGAGAAACCGACCGGUGUGGGCCCCGGGGAAGUACGAAUGCAUUUGCUUGCCUCGGAUGGCGAAAGCGGAGCUGGUGGUGCUGCCGAGGGUACUGGAAUGACGGUUUCCACCUCGAAUCCGACUGUUUGCACGAAAAAAGAGCUUCUCUCCAAGCAUUCCCCGCUGAUGCAGCGAGCGCCCGUCAGCAAGGAUAAGAAUCCCCGUGAAAAGGGCAGCCUUUAUCGGAUCGCUGCCAAUGCUAACUGUGGCGGUGGCGGCAACAAUAACGCUGGCAAAAUAACGAAAAUGCCGUCGGAUAAAGCGAUCGGUUUCCAUCUGGUGCACGAGAAAACAGCAACAAAUACGGGGCCACUGCCCGGCCUGAAGCUGGCCGAUUUGACGGAAAACGACGAUGAUAGCGAUGCCGACAAGUUGGCGCCCUUGCUGCGCAAGUCGGGCAGCUACGAAACAAAGAAACACCCGGACAGCAGUGCCAUGAAGAAGCUGCUGACGGGGGGCGGUGGGGCCAACCUCGGAGGUAGCGAUGGCGGUGCCGGAGGGAACGAGAAGAUUGCAUCGGCCGUCAUCACGGAACUAUUGAAGGGCGCGAUACUCGGUGACGGUGGUGACGGGCUUGAAGGCGAAAGUAACGGCAUAGCCGGGUUGGACAGAGACACCGGUAGGGAGGGCACUAGAACUGGUGGUGUUGGCAUAAUCUCGAUCGUAGCGGACGAUUCAGAAGACUACUACACACCGGAGGAUCCUCCCGCGACGAGUCCGUUAAAGGCGAUGGACGACGAGUUGCCCCGGGAGCUUGCAACGGGGCAACGAAAGCAGCUACUGUCGGCCACUGUCGGUGCCGUUCCGCCGCCACCGUCGGCACUGUCCGUGCUUAAGGAAGAAUCGUCACUGCAGGGCUCACUGCCGGACAGUCCGAUAAGCGGCAACUCGCAAACAUCCACACGAAGCUCGAGCGACAGCUACUCGUCCAGUUCCAGCACGCGACAGCUGCUCUCAUCCGGUGCCGUGCCGAAUGAUACUCCAACUCACGCACUUAGCUCGGUCGAUUCCACUACCAACGGGCAUAGCGUCGUCUCGAAGAUAGCCGAGUGCAGCAUGGAGAGUGAUUAAGAUGCAGCGUCUAUCCGGUUUCUUCAUUACGAUACGAAUGGGUUCCGUUGAUUGUUUUUCCUACAAUUCCCGGCAGUAGUUUGUGAAACCCACAAAAGAAAUCUACCGUCAGAUUAGCGAACGAACGUUGCGGCACGGACCAAACUUCUUCAGCGUUCAAGUUUUGUGAGCCGCACGUUUCCUGUAUUACAAUUCGUGUCCCGUUUCGUUUACCCCUUUUAAAGGUGCCCACCGCCGCGGUCAUGCUUGCCGAGGUGGAUCACGCCCGUAGCUAGGUUUAGGUUCUACAGUUUUACCCCCAUCACACCCGUUUCUACCGAUACGCGCGUAGAUUGACGUUUGAUAAAAGUACUGUGAAUCUGUU